UUGAGAGGAAACGGAUCAGUGAGCAGGAUGCAGCCGCUCAGAUGGGUGCCUUUGUUGCUGGUGGCCCUGGCCUUCAUGGGACAAGUGGACUCCUCUGCUUAUGACAAGAUCGUGACUCAUAGUCGUAUCCGAGCCCGGACCCAUGGACCAAACGUGUGCGCCGUGCAGCGGUUGAGCGGGACUCAGAAGAAGUACUUCAGCACGUGCCGGAACUGGUACAAAGGCUCCAUCUGUGGCAAGAAGGCUGAGAUUUUGUACGAGUGCUGUCCAGGCUAUAUGAAGCUGGAUGGCAUGAAAGGUUGCCCUGCAGUCGCUCCCAUCGACCACGUCUAUGGCACCCUGGGACAGGUCAAGGCAACGACAACGCAGCAGUACUCAGAUGUCUCAAACCUGAGGGAGGAGAUCCAAGGCCGGGGAUCAUUCACCAUGUUUGCUCCCAGCAACGACGCUUGGGACCAACUCUCCCCUAGCGUCCGUUCUGCUCUCACCAGCAACGUCAACGUUGAGCUGUACAACUCUCUCCACUUUCACAUGGUCUCCCAACGCCUUCUGACCAAAGACUUGAAGGACGGCUUGUCGGUCAAGUCCAUGUUCAACGAGCUGGGCCUCUUCAUCAACCAUUAUUCUAAUGGGGUUGUGACGGUGAACUGCGCCAGGAUCAUCCAUGGCAACCAGGUAGCCACCAACGGCGUGGUGCAUGUGAUCGAUCGGGUCAUCAGCGCGGUGGGGAGCACCAUCAGAAACAUGCUGGAUACAAACAAGGAGUUGUCCUCUUUCAAGGCUGCCGUGGAGGCCUCGGCCUCGAUGGGCAGACUUGACCAGCCGGGCCACUUCACUCUCUUCGCGCCCACAAACGCAGCUUUUGACAAACUUGAGCCGGGAUACCUGAGAGGCAUCAUGAACGACAAAGCCGUCAUUUCAGCGUUGGUCAACUACCACCUGCUGAGCAGCACCCAGUGUUCCGAGGCCAUCAUGGCCGGAGUGGUCUACGAGACGGUUGAGGGCAGCACCAUCGAGAUUGGCUGCGACGGCGACAGUCUGACAGUCAACGGCAUCAAAAUGGUGCUGAAGAAAGACAUUGUCGCCACCAAUGGAGUUAUCCACCUCAUCGACCAAGUGCUCAUUCCAAAUUCAGCUAAGGAAGUGAUGGAACUGAUGAGUGAGACCCAGAGCAGAUUCAGCGACAUGGUGUCGGAACUGGGUCUGGCGUCUGCUCUGGGCCCGAAAACCCAAUACACUCUCCUAGCUCCGAUCAACUCUGCCUUCACCACUGAGGUCCUGUCAACAGAGCAGAGUCUGCUGAGAUCCAUUCUGGAAAACCACAUUGUGAAACUGAAAGUCACGCUGAGUGAACUGUACAAUGGACAGCUGCUGGAGACGCUGGCUGGCAAGCUGCUGCGCGUCUUCAUCUACCGCACCGCUGUUUGCAUUGAGAAUUCAUGCAUGGUACGAGGCAGUAAAGAGGGACGCAACGGCGCUCUUCAUCUCAUGAGGUCACUCAUCAGCCCCGCUGACAAAACCAUUUAUGAGAUUCUUCUCACUGAUGGACGCUUCAAGAUUUUCCUGUCUCUCAUGGAGACCGCCGGGCUCACUGACGUGCUGAGGCAGGAGGGCUCCUACACCGUCUUUGCACCUACAGACGACGCCUUCAGUGGAGUCAGCAAGGAGGAGCUUUCUGUGCUCAAGAGUGAUGCGAACGCUUUGAGGACCAUCCUGCUGUAUCACUUGAGCAAUGGCGUCUUUAUCAACGGAGGACUGGAGGGAGGAGUCACCAAUUUGCUGAAGACGCUUCAGGGCAGCAACCUGCAAGUUAUAUCUGUUAACAAUUCCAUUCAUGUCAACAACGUGGAUGUACCAAAGAGCGACCUGAUGGCCACAAAUGGUGUCAUCCAUGUGGUGAAGAAUGUUCUCUAUCCUGCUGGUCUUCCCGUGGGUCGCCAGGAGCUGUUGGUGCUGCUCAAGAAAUUGAUUCGGUACAUUCAGAUACAGUUUGUUUCUGGAUACACCUACACCGAGAUCCCGCUCACAUUCAUCCGACGGACGGUCACCACAACAGAGUACACUGAAACUGGCCCCAGCCUGACAAAGGUGGUCAGAGUUAUCGAAGGAGAACCGUCCAUCACCAAAGUAACCAGAGUUAUCGAGGGCGAACCAUCGCUAACCAAGUUAACCCAGGUCGUUGAAGGGGACCCGACUUACUCCAAAGUGACCCGAGUCAUCGAGACAGAGCCCUCGGUCACAAAGGUGGUGGUGGAAGGUGAGCCCACAAUUACCAAGGUGACUCGUGUCAUCUCAGGAGAACCCACUAUCGCGAAGGUGACAAGAGUUAUUGAGGGAAAAAAGAUUGGUGCAGAUGGAAAGUGGAUCACAGAUGGAACCAGAGACAGCACGGUGAACGAGCCUCAUAUCAUUGAGGUCCCCGACUUCUCCAAAAUCACCACCAUCCAUGGAAACCCCAGUCUGAUUGAUGAGGAGUCAGAACGGAUUACCAGAAUCAUUAAAGAGGGAGGUAAAUCUGCUGCUGCCAGAAAGGCUCCAGCUGGCAUGAGGAGGCGCGCCCGCUUGGUGAGGCGUCACCACAAGCCCAGGCAGCAGCUCCAGUAAACACCUCAGAGCCCAGGUGCCUUCUCCGCUGCUCCUGGUCAAGUGCUGGACAACUAGAGGACUGCGGAGCAACGGGGAGAAAUUCACUCAACAUGUUCCCCAUUGUUUCCAAAUGGAGAGCAAAACAAGUCAGCUGUACUAACUUCCUCUUAAGGCAACGUGCUUGCAAAUAUGUUUCCAUGGUGCUCAUAUCUGGUCUAGUAAAUGCAUUUCAUUGACAACAAAAGACGACAGAAAGUGUUGUUCUAUUAUUUUCAUUGUACAUUUUUGAUUAAAGAAAC